AUGUCUGGGCGCGGCAAGGGAGGCAAGGGGCUGGGAAAGGGAGGAGCGAAGCGCCAUCGCAAGGUCCUCCGUGACAACAUCCAGGGAAUCACCAAGCCGGCGAUUCGCCGAUUGGCUCGCAGAGGUGGUGUCAAGAGGAUCAGCGGGCUGAUCUAUGAGGAGACUCGCGGCGUUCUCAAGAUCUUCUUGGAGAAUGUCAUCCGCGAUGCUGUGACCUACACCGAGCACGCCAGGCGCAAGACGGUGACGGCGAUGGAUGUGGUGUACGCUCUCAAGAGGCAGGGCAGGACUCUCUACGGGUUCGGCGGUUAG